AUGGGACGUAACAAACGUCGUUCCAGGCAAGAGUUAAUCUCCCAGCACGAAAAGUGGUUACAAUGUCUCGAAGAAUACAAAACCAAUGUUUACUACACUUACCAACCAACCAUCAACGGUGAUUUUGUUGAGCAAAACAGAACGAACAGAAAAGUUCAACUUCACCCUGCAAAUCGACUUUCAAUCUCUGAUCUUGAGAUCAAUACAUUCCAUGAAAAUCGAUUUCUCUUGUGCCGUGUAAUCACGAAAUGCGCAAAAUCCGUGGCGCUUUCCACAGUCAUCGAAGAUCCUGAGGGAGACGCUGAGCGUAUCUCGAUGUACAAUUGGCUCCCGAAAAACACAAUUCCAGCAAGUGGAUUGUCAGUUGAUCAGGUUUCUAAACUUCUUCCAAUUGGUACAAUCAUCGCGGUUCAAAAUCCAUAUUACAAAAUUGGAGAGGAUGGAUUCUCUUUGAUUCGUUCUGAUUAUCCGGAUCAGAUUACUAUCGUGAAUCCAAAUGACAGUUUGUUAAGUGAGAUUGAAUGGGAAUCGGACAAAGAGGAGGCCUCGAAAAAUAAAUCGAAAACGAAUAAAAAUAAAACAGCCGAUGAUUACCGAUUAUACGGCAAUAAAUACUUUGAAAUGAGUGAUUUCGCGUCAGCCGUGAGAAUGUAUUCGCUUGGAGUCGAAUUGGAUCCGCGAAAUGUCACCCUUUAUGCGAAUAGAGCGGAAGCAUAUUUGCGAUCGCGUCAGUUCGAAAAAUCGCUGAUGGAUACGGAGAUAGCAUUGAAACUAGAUCCUAAACACCUUAAGGCAAGCAUCCGAAAAGGCAAAGCUCUUCUCAAUCUCAAACGGUAUGAAGAAGCGGUAAAUGUCUUCCAUGAAUUGCUUAAACGACCGAAAUCGAGAAAUUCUUUCGACGGACAAAUCAGGAGAGAGGUUGAACAAUUUUUAAAACAGUCAGAAAUGAUGAAUUCUGAAAAUAAGCAUGGAGAAUAUGACUAUGUCAACAUAAUAAAUGAAUUUUUGAAGCAAAGUGAAAUUGUAGAAGAUUUCUGUGAACAAGACUGGGUGCACGCUGGAGGACCAAGAUUGAAUCAUGCCGACUACAUCAGUGGUGCGAUCGAAUUGAAACAAGGAGGUGCAAAGGGUCGUAAAUGGGUCUCUAAACAAGACAUACCACAGCACACCUUAUUAAUGGUUUCUAAAGCAUUUGAGAUUGUCUUUGAACAAGAAACGCCUAACUUUUUUAUACUUGGAAAUAAAAUUCAGACUGAUAUUUCUUAUUUGAUUCCACCGAUUGCUCAAAAACUACGAGACGAGCCAGAACUUGGUCAUGAAAUUUAUCAACUGCAUGUCGGUCCUGAUAUGACUCCAGGAAAAGAUCUGGACGAGCAUUUGCUAAAGACCGUGGAUAUAAAAAGAAUCGAGAAACUUCUCCUCUAUAAUGCGUUUCAACAAGAUAAUGGCUCUGGGUCUCUCUUUAAACGAUCCUCUACAACUGAUGUUGAUAUUAAUGGAUUGGGUCUUUGGCUAGAUCCUUCAUAUUUCAAUCACUCGUGCAUCGAUACCAAUGCUGAACGUAUAUAUUUAGGAGAUUUGAUGUUCAUUCGUGCGCAACGUGCUAUUUCUAAAGAUGAAGAUUUGACAUUUUCAUAUGUCAGCCCGAUCUUUGCUUAUGAAAAACGUGCCCAUUUGCUUGAAAAGUUUGGGAUUCGGUGUAAAUGCAGGUUAUGCGAAAUAGAACGCGCCGAACCUUUGGAAAUACAUUUACGACGCAGAAAAAUUUUGGAACAUUUCGGAUCUCAUAUCGUUCCAAAGAUAUUCUUGGAACAGGAGAUAUACACUUAUGAGUUGUUUCUCAUAAUCAAGGCACUUGAGAAUAUGAUUUCAGAGCUAAGUUCACUUAGAAAAGAACAUGACUUAGAUUUCUCUUCAAUCAUGCUCGUACACGCACUCGACAAGGCAUACUCAUUGACUGGCAAUACAUCGAAAUCUGUUUCAAUCCUCCAAAAGAUAUACGAACUAUUGAAAAAGCAUAACAUGUACGAACACUCGAGCAAAUUCGCUUUAUCGUUGGCUCUUCAACACUCGAGACUCGGGCAGAUGUCGCCAGCAAAGAAGUUAUUCAAUUCGGGUUUAUACGAGAUGGUUGCUCCCAUUAUUGGUGAUUUUGCGAUCAACAUCUCACAGAAUAGAACGAAGGCAUUGAGGAUUGCGGAAAAGUUAGAUCCGGCGUUUAUCUUCGAGGCACGAUAUGCUGGUUUAGUGUGA